GCUUGGCGAUGAAGUCCGCAACAACAGCAGCCAUCACCAAAGUCGUCGUCGUAUAUGAUCGUCCAUACCACAGUCGUAACCCACAAAAGCAACGCCAGAAGCCCAUAUCUAUCGUUUCAGUUCAAGAGCUCGUUGGGAUGUCCCUUGCUGCUUUUCGUCGUCCUCUGAGUCCUACUACUUUCGGGUCAUCGCGGGUUUAGAUUCACAAUGAUCAUACGUUUCUUCAAGAAAGCGUGCAAAGUUCAUGAUGGCACAUGGCAUCUUAACCGACGUACUGGCAGUUUAUGUUGCAACCGCUUACGUGCCGUACAUUGAAUCAGCUUCUAUACGAGGAAUAGGGUCCCAAAAUCCUUGUAUAUGGGAAAUCGACCUUCGAGCCAUAAAAGGACAGCAUCUGUCAAAGGUAACCAGUCUCUUCGGCAAGCUGCCUUAUCAUCGUUGCCUUCCCUAGACGGCCUCAACUAGAACUUCGAUCCGUCAUCUUCCCCCACCCCAUAUCGCAAGCAUGGUCGCCAGUCCCAAAGCUAAGGAGGCAAUGCUGGCUCCCGCCUCACGACCGGCGGCGGCAGGGGGGCCGCCAGUCCCGAUCUCGGCCCCGCUCACUGCUGAAGCUGCAGGCAACUUGGGCAUUCUGCCUGCUUCGCAUUGGCAACAAGCACAGGGGGAAGAUGCCGCCGACGAUACGGACGAUACUGCCUCCACCAUCGGCUCCCUUCUCUCCAGCACCGCUUCCCUCUCCCAGAGCAUCUUUGAGUAUCGUAGGAUUCUUGGAAGAACUUAUCACAGCGACGUUGGCAAUGCUGAAGCAUGGCAGCCCAAUGACGCGCGACAUGCCGAAGCGAUGGACAUCUUCCAUCACUUGAACACCCUCAUCCUCUCCGGAAAGCUGUAUACCGCCCCGCUUCCAAAGAAAAUUCAGAAGGCCGUCGACAUUGGAACUGGCACAGGCAUUUGGGCCAUCGACUUUGCCGACGAGUUCCCUGAAGCCGAAGUCAUCGGCACUGACGUCUCGCCCAUUCAGCCUACCUGGGUUCCACCCAAUCUCAAGUUCGAAAUCGAUGACUUGAACCUUGAAUGGACCUGGCCCGACAACACCUUCGACUACAUCCAUUCUCGCAGUUUGAUUGGUGUAGUCGAGGACUGGGAGAGGUUCUAUCGCCAGGCUUUCCGUUGUUGCAAGCCGGGCGGUUAUGUUGAGGAUGUCAGCAACUCCGUCAAGGCUUUCAGUCUGGAUGGAACUGUGAAGGAGGGUAGUGCCCUUGACCAGUGGGGUAAGGUCUUCUUUGAGGGCGGAAACAAGUUCGGAAGGACCUUCAAGGUCGUCGAGGAUGACAUUCACCGAAAGUGCAUGGAGAAGGCUGGCUUCGUCGAUAUUGUCAUCAAGGACAUCCAGGUGCCUGUUGGCGCUUGGCCCAAAGACAAGACACAACAGGAAUUGGGAAUCUGGGCCAAGAUGGCGCUGGAGUCGGAUCUUGAAGGAUACGUCAAUUACAUCUGGGGCGUUGUGCUGGGCUGGACCCCUGAGGAAAUCAGCACAUAUUGUGCCGCGUUCAAGAGAGAGCUGAAGAAUACCAGAAUUCACGGCAUGUACACGACUCGCGUCGCGUAUGCACGCAAGCCAGAAGAGCUUUAACAAUGACCUAAAUCAGCAGUCAGAGCAAAAGAUGACCUAGGCUUGAUGUGGGCGUACUUUGCGUUCAGUUCGUCCAUAGACGGCCAUCCAUACUGGAGCGAGAGAGCCAACGAACGCAGCAAUUUGUAUUAGAUCGACGCAUGGUAAUGAGCUGGUGUAACAAACAGAUAGUCAGUUUGAGAAUCAAUGUUUUAUUUGCAAGCCG